CGACUGCAGUUUGAUCUGAACACACUAAGAUCAAUAUAAAAUAAUAAAAAAAAAAAAAUCUUACAGGAUGUGAAGUGUAUUCAGUGUACAUGUGAAUAUUCAAGCAAUGGCGGAUUCGGCUACCUUUAAAGUGGUUCUCCUGGGAGAGGGUUGUGUGGGUAAGACCUCCUGUGUCCUCCGCUAUGUGGAGGACGAAUUUAAUAAGAAACAUCUCACAACUCUUCAGGCAUCUUUCCUUCGGAAAACAAUAAUAGUUCAAAAGAAGACGAUAUUCUUAAAUAUCUGGGAUACAGCGGGACAGGAGAGAUUUCAUGCGCUUGGUCCUAUCUACUACAGGGAUGCGAAUGGCGCUGUCCUAGUGUAUGACAUCACAGAUGAAGACAGCUUUCAAAAGGUUCAGAGUUGGGUUCGUGAACUGAAGAAGAUGCUGGGAGAUGAGAUUAGUAUUGUUAUUGUUGGAAACAAGACAGAUCUAGUGAAUAAACGAGUUAUCAAACGAGAGGAUGCAGAAAGCUACGCGGCAAGUGUCGGAGCUCAACAUUAUCUAACGUCAGCUAAACUUAAUAGAGGAGAAAAAGCUUAA